AUGGGCCAAUCUCAUCCUUAUCACGCUUUCUCACUAUCAAGAUUUCAAUUACAGGUUGGCCUUAGGUCCUUAAAUUUGGGAAUCUGCCCCAAAUUAAGUGUACUCCAUAUUGAAGCUCCAGAGAUCGUCUCGCUUGAACUGAAGGGCUGUGGAGUAUUGUCUGAGGCAUUAAUUGAUUGCCCUCUUCUGACAUCUCUAGAUGCUUCUUUCUGCAGCCAACUCAAGGAUGAUUGUUUAUCUGCUACUGCUUCAUCUUGUCCACUUAUUGAAUCCUUGGUCUUGAUGUCGUGCCCCUCUGUUGGCCCUGAUGGACUUUCGUCUUUACACUGUCUUCGGAGCCUGACCUUCCUUGACCUAUCCUAUACCUUUUUGGUCAAUUUGCAGCCCGUUUUCUACUCCUGCGUGUAUUUAAAGGUUCUAAAAUUGCAAGCAUGCAAGUACCUUAGCGAUUCAUCCUUGGAGCCUCUCUACAAACACAAUGCUCUCCCAGCUCUGUGUGAGCUGGAUUUGUCCUAUGGUACACUUUGCCAGUCAGCGAUAGAGGAGUUGCUUGCUUGUUGUCGGCAUCUAACUCAUGUCAGCUUGAAUGGUUGUGUCAACAUGCAUGACUUGGAUUGGAGCUUUCAAAUCAAAACAUUAACUUUGACAAGCACCUUUGAUGGAUCACACACCACCUCUACACGAGAAAGUAUCGUGCUUUCUCAAGAGCAAGGUGACCGAUUGCUGGAGAGCCUAAAUUGUGUCGGUUGUCCAAACAUCAAGAAAGUUGUAAUUCCUCCCACAGCGAGAUGUUUCCAUCUAUCAUUACUAAAUCGAUCUAUCAUUACUAAACAUCAAGAAAAUAUUCCCAUCGAGCAUGGGAACACUACGCGCAGCAUGCCCGAGCUUGAAACGCAUCUUUAG